AUGCACACUCAGUCCAACAUCUACCCAAAGAGAUCCCUCUCCCAAACAUCAGCUACCUCAAGCUUCAGCCAGUUGUCUCAAGAGAAGCACUUUAAAAACCCCCUCUCCAAGCUCUUCCGAUCCAAGACUCCUGCACCAAUAAAUAUCUCCAACAACCAAGACAAAAUGUCACAGCCUCGAGACAUCCCGCAGAAGUCUAAAACCUCAUACUUCCCGGACCAAGGCUACACCGCAACCAGUCCCACCCAGAUGUCCAGCAUGAGCUCGCCUCAAUCUCCAAAGGUGGACUGCCCCAAGCGUGCAUUUACUCCCACCCGCAAAAACAGCGAUGACUACAAACGCUACAGUGGCACUGUCAACCACUACGGUCGUCACUCCAACGACUGGCUGUUUGGUGGAUUCAGUGUUCGCGAGACUGUUCGUGAUAGCCUCGAUAAGCUCCGCAAGGAGAGCUGA